AAAACAUUUACAGAGACACCGCCUUGACCGUGCUUUCUCUCUCCUCUGUCUCUGUCGCUCUUUCUCUCUCAUCUUUUGGGGGUUUUUGGAAGAAGUCACUUUGAACCACCACCUCUUCUCUUUUACGCUUUUAUUUUUUGUUUCUCUCUCUCUCUCAGUGUAUUUGUACUGACUGACAUUCUCAGUCAGUCCGAUUGUGGUACCGGCUUACUCUACAAUUGUUUCAGUGAGAGGGGGCGUUCUUUUUGGGUUUAAUUUUUCUCCUCGUUCUCCGUUUCCCCACUCGAUUGUUGUAGCCUUUCGUUUUUUUUUUUUUGUUUCUCUCUAGACGAUCUUGUACGGAUUGGCUUUUGAUUUGUGUGGAUUGAGGUUUGAAUUUGUUUGGAUUGAGUGUUUGAUUUUGGGGGAUUUUGCGCUUAAACCCUAAAAAACAUUAUGGGUUUGCGAGGAUGGAUAUUGGGUUGGGUUGAUUUGGGGCGAGGGGAGAUGGGAGAGCGCGGUUGGGUUGUGAGUGAUUGCGUUGGGUUUAGGCAGCGGAGGAAUCUUCUUGAUGUUAUCGAUUGAGAGGUAUGAGUUUCAGGCAGGGUUCUUGUCCUGUCGAUUAGGGUUUUACUAUUAGUUUUAUUUUGAAUUUUUCUGUGUGUGUGUGUGUGUGUGUGUGUGUGUGUGUGUGUGUGUUUUGAGCCUUUUUUAGUAUUGGGGAAAGCUUGAUAUGAAGCUUUCAACAUCAGGGUUUGGUCAGCAGGAUCACGAAGGAGGGGAAAAGAAAUGCUUGAAUUCAGAGCUAUGGCAUGCAUGCGCGGGGCCCCUUGUGUCCCUCCCAACUGCUGGGACUCGGGUUGUUUACUUCCCUCAGGGUCACAGCGAACAGGUUGCUGCGACGACCAACAAAGAAGUUGAUGGACACAUACCCAAUUACCCGAACCUACCUCCCCAGUUGAUAUGUCAACUUCACAAUGUUACAAUGCAUGCAGAUGUGGAAACGGAUGAAGUGUAUGCCCAGAUGACAUUACAGCCGCUGACUGCACAAGAACAAAAGGAUACAUUUCUACCCAUGGAAUUGGGGAUUCCGAGUAGACAGCCAACAAAUUACUUUUGCAAGACGUUGACAGCGAGUGAUACAAGCACCCAUGGAGGUUUCUCUGUACCUCGUCGUGCUGCCGAGAAAGUUUUUCCUCCACUGGAUUUUUCACAACAGCCACCAGCACAAGAGCUGAUUGCAAGGGACCUUCAUGAUGUUGAAUGGAAGUUUAGGCAUAUUUUUCGAGGACAGCCAAAACGACAUCUUCUUACAACUGGUUGGAGUGUGUUUGUUAGUGCCAAAAGAUUGGUUGCUGGGGAUUCUGUACUUUUUAUAUGGAAUGAAAAAAAUCAGCUUCUUUUGGGUAUACGUCGUGCCACAAGACCACAAACUGUGAUGCCUUCUUCUGUUUUAUCAAGUGAUAGCAUGCACAUUGGACUCCUUGCUGCUGCAGCUCAUGCUGCUGCAACUAAUAGCUGUUUCACAGUGUUCUACAACCCCAGGGCUAGCCCAUCAGAGUUUGUCAUCCCUCUGACAAAGUAUGUUAAAGCUGUAUUUCAUACCCGUGUUUCAGUAGGAAUGCGUUUUCGGAUGCUUUUUGAAACUGAAGAGUCAAGCGUUCGAAGGUACAUGGGUACAAUAACUGGAAUAAGUGAUCUUGACCCUGUUCGUUGGCCGAAUUCUCAUUGGCGUUCUGUCAAGGUAGGGUGGGACGAGUCAGCAGCUGGGGAGAGGCAGCCAAGGGUGUCGUUGUGGGAAAUUGAGCCUUUAACUACAUUUCCUAUGUAUCCGUCUCUUUUUCCACUUAGGUUGAAACGUCCAUGGCAUCCUGGAGUCUCCUCUGUUCAUGAUAACAGAGACGAUGCUUCUAAUGGCUUAAUGUGGCUUCGAGGAGGAGUCGGGGAUCAGGGUCUACACUCACUGAAUUUGCAAUCCAUGGGCUCACUGCCGUUGUUGCAGCAGAGACUCGAUUCUCCCAUGUUCGGAAAUGAUCAUAAUCAGCAGUAUCAAGCCAUGUUAGCUGCUGGAAUGCCGAACCUUGGAGGCGUUGAUAGGCUGAGACAGCAAAUUAUGCAUCUUCAACAACCUUUCCAAUAUAUUCAACAGGCAGGCUUCCAUAACUCUCUAUUGCAGCAGCAACAGCAAUUGGUUCAACAAUCUAUGCCUCAGAACAUCCUUCAGACACCAAGCCAAGUUAUGGCAGAGAAUAUACCCCAACACAUUCUCCAGCAAACUCCACAAAAUCAACCAGAGGAUAUUCCAAACCAGCAACAGCGUACUUAUCAUGAUACCCUUCAGGUUCAAAGCAAUCAAUUUCAUCAGGGUGAAAAUUCAAAUGUGCCAUCACCCCCAUUUCCCAGGACAGAGCUUACGGAUUCCAACACAAAUUACUCUGAAUCCAUGAUCUCUAGAAGAAAUAUACUUGCUUCAUCGUGUGCUGAAGGGACGGGAAAUUUUUCCAAUAUCUAUAGAAGUGGGCAGUCGAUCCUAACUGAGCAGUUACCUCAACAAUCUCCUGUUUCUAAGAAUGCUCAUCCACAGGUUGAUGCUCACUCGAACUCGAUGACAUUUCCUCCUCCAUUUUCUGGUAGAGACUCGAUUUUGGAGCUGGGAAAUUGUAAUUCAGAUUCUCCAAGUCGUACACUUUUUGGUGUAAAUAUUGAUUCAUCCGGACUUCUACUUCCCUCUAAUGUGCCCACUUAUGCUUCUCCAUCAAUUGGUCCUGAUUCAUCCUCAAUGCCAAUGGGAGAUUCUGGAUUUCAGAAUUCUAUGUACAGAUGUGUCCAAGACUCUUCUGAGUUGUUGCACAGCUCGGGGCAAGGUGAUCCAUUGAAUCCAACUCGGACAUUUGUGAAGGUUUACAAAUCCGGAUCUGUUGGGCGUUCACUAGACAUCUCCCGGUUCAGCAGCUAUCAGGAGCUGCGAGAGGAGCUGGCUCAGAUGUUUGGGAUUGAGGGACAGUUGGUAGACCCUCAUAGAUCAGGCUGGCAGCUUGUAUUUGUCGACAGGGAGAAUGAUGUACUUCUCCUUGGAGAUGACCCUUGGGAGGCAUUUGUGAAUAAUGUCUGGUAUAUCAAGAUACUCUCUCCCCAGGACUUUCAGAAACUAGGGGUUCAGGCAAUUGAGUCCUUCAACCCCGUCGGUCAGCGACUUACCAGUGGUGGCAAUGAAGCUGAAAAUGUUUCAGGGCUUCCGUCUGUUGGUUCGCUAGAAUAUUGAAGUUGUAAGGCAAUUAUACGAGGUUUGGGAGACGUUUACCUUAGAAGUUGCAACUAAACUAAAUAUGCAGUUGGAAUGCCCCAACAUUAGAUCAAUGUGUGUAAACUCUUCUGUAUUCAUAAUUCCUUUUGCUUACAUAUACUCUCAUUUUCAAAGAUUAUGUGGUAAAAAUACAUGUACGUCGUUUACUUAGAUAAGAAAUAUAACACGUUGAACGUUUCUAGCAUAUGCACAUUAUGGUUAUGAAUUCGGAUUAUUCACUUCAUUUGGAGCAACCACCAAAAAGUGGCACUA